CCUAUUAUCAGCAGGGAAAUAGAGAGCGCAGGAUGUUUGGAGGAGGGGAGACAGCCGGGGAAGUGUAGAGAUUUUGCAAACUUGCUGCAUUUUUUGGGACUGAGAAAAAGAAGAAUUUAAAAACUUUGCAAUUUAUUCUCUUUUUUUUUUAGGGGAUUUGGAAGUUUAACAAAAGAGGGGAGGGAGAGGUCCAAGAAUCCAGAUGCUGGCUGUUCUAAUAGCAGUCUCAUUCUCAAGUUACACAAGAUGAGGGAGGUAGAGAAUGGAGCUGCUCCCUGGAUUUUGAGAGAGGGGAGCAGGAGACACGUCAAAUGCUGACACAAUGACUGUGAGACGGACGGCAGAGGGGAGCAGGAAUAAAGGGCAUUGUCUGCAUCACUCUAGCCACAGGGUAAAACUUGAAAUUAAAGAGAACUUUGUGGCUACAAGAAAUUGUGAUCUGUUUCAGGUUAAUUCUCCUAUAAACAAACUACCUGAACUUUUCCCUGCACUGCAUAAUCAACUUUCCUCCCAGAAGAAAGGCCCCCUUACAAGUUUGGAGAACGUGCCAGAAAAAGAAGAUACAAAAGGCCUACAACAGAACAUGCUCAGCCGCAAAAUGCUCAUUAGUGAUCCAGUUGUUGACCUUAAUGUAAAGGAACAAGGUCAUUUACUCAAGAAACAGCCUGGCAGCACCCAGAUUUCUGAAUUUCCCCAGAAAAUCAAGCUUAAAAAAACCUCAAGCAUCAAGGAUAAGAUUUCAGAGUGGGAAGGAAAAAGGGAGACACAGUCGCCUGUUCUCGGCAGGAAGGAACCUCUACAGGUCAAGCGACAGGACUCAUUUGGACUUGGUGUUGGAGAUACAGUUGUUGGAGAUGGAAAGGUUCAGCAAAAAGGAAGUAUUAAAAGAAUGUUCAGCUGGGAAGGUGAAAGCAAAGAAAUUGAGAAGAGAGAGCUUUCAAGGCUGGAAAAAAAAACAGAGAAAGAGACAGAACCAAGUAGAGAGAGACUUCAAGAACCACUUUCAACUAAUAAGAAGGACCAGGCGAUGGUUUUGAGUCAGGUUAAAAAAUUUGAAAAGUCUUCGAAAGAAAGUUCAGUAGAAAUGCAGCCACAGUUACCAGGAACCUAUUAUUCUCCACAGUGUCUGGAAACAGAAGGACUAGAGAGCAGAGUGGGGUCCAAGUUAAAAAGGGGUUCAGACUCUGAAAACUGUGAACCCAUCUUUGGAUCAGUGGGAGAGGGGAGAAGUUCUAGAAGGACAAGCAAUGCCGAAAAUGUGUAUACAGAACCUGGGGCCCCAGAGAAGAAGCUGUCCAUUAACCCAUUGCCCAAACCUAGAAGGACUUUCCGGCAUGAAGGGGAAGGAGAGGUGGUUUUACGGAGGACAGGUGGCCUCCGUAAAGUCAGCCGGGAUUUGCCUCCCCUUCCUUAUAUUGCUCCUCCUCCUCUCCCCUCCUCUCCACCACCUGGAGCUGUAAGCAGACAGCUUUGGAACAGCAAACACAAAAAUAACGGUGACCACAGGAAGUCGUAUGAAUUUGAGGACCUGCUACAGUCUUCUGAGAAUGGUAGAGUGGAUUGGUAUGCUCAGACCAGGCUAGCACGCACUUUAUCAGAAGAAAAUGUAUAUGAAGACAUCCUAGAUACUAAUUGCAAAGAAAACCCUUAUGAAGAUAUUGAGACAGACAAUCGGUGUCUUGGAAAAAAGUGUGCUCCCGUUUUUCCUGGUGUAAAUUCCCCUAUUCCUGGAACUCCCACCAAGGUAUCCCAAAAGUCUCCUUUCUUCAGACAGAAUUCUGAACGCCGCAGCUUUAAACUUUUGGAUUUGCGGAAACUGGGACGAGACGGAGUAGCCUCUCCUAGUAAACUUAGCCCCCCUUCCUCUCCAAGUAGCCCUGAUGAUUCUUUUUUUGGUACAGGAGACCCACAGAAUGGACGUAAGAGGAGAAAAAUCCCUAGGCUUGUCAUGAAAAUAAAUGCAAUUUUUGAAGCAAGGCGAGGGAAAAAAAGAGUGAAGAGACUAUCCCAAUCUACAGAGAAUAAUUCCGGGAGAGUUACAGAUGAUAACAGUGAGUCUGACAGUGAUACAGAGGAGAAACUGAGAGCUCACAGCCGGAGGUUGGUCCAUGUCAAGUCCCGAAUGAGCCUAACACCGAGGUACCACACUCUGGAGCGAGAUCUGAUUGAGUACCAGGAACGUCAGUUGUUUGAAUAUUUUGUAGUAGUGUCUCUUCAUAAAAAGCCGUCUGGAAGUGUGUAUAUUCCUGAGGUCACUCAGCAGUUCCCUUUGAAGUUGGAGCGAUCAUUUAAAUUCAUGAGAGAAGCUGAGGACCAGCUCAAAGCUAUCCCACAGUUCUGUUUCCCUGAUGCAAAGGAUUGGGCUCCUGUAAACCAGUUUGUAAGUGAAACAUUCUCAUUCGUGUUGACUGGGGAAGACGGCAGCCGAAGAUUUGGUUACUGCAGACGACUUUUGCCUAGCGGGAAAGGAAAACGUCUUCCUGAAGUGUACUGUAUUGUGAGUCGCCUAGGAUGCUUCAACCUCUUCUCCAAGAUCCUGGAUGAAGUAGAAAAAAGGAGGGGAAUCUCACCUGCUCUGGUUCAGCCGUUCAUGAGGAGCAUCAUGGAAGCGCCGUUUCCAGCUCUGGGCAGGAAAAUCUCUGUCAAGAACUUCCUUCCAGGGUCGGGAACUGAGGUGAUUGAAUUGUGCAGACCCUUGGAUUCCCGACUGGAGCAUGUGGAUUUUGAAACACUGUUCUCCACACUCGGUGUUAGGCAUCUUAUUCAGAUAUUCGCCUCUCUUCUUCUUGAAAGAAGAGUUAUAUUCAUGGCCGACACUCUGAGUACCCUCUCCAAAUGUUGUCAUGCUAUGGUUGCGCUCAUCUACCCAUUUGCAUGGCAACACACCUACAUCCCUGUGUUGCCGCCAUCAAUGAUUGACAUUGUGUGCUCUCCCACUCCGUUUCUUAUUGGUUUACUCUCCAGCUCACUGCCACGUCUGAAGGAGCUACCCGUGGAGGAGGUUCUGCUGGUCGACCUUGUUAAUGACAAGUUUCUGAGACAGAUGGAUGAUGAAGACUCUAUACUUCCACGGAAGCUGCAAGCUGCUCUGGAGAAGAUCCUGGAGCAGAGAAAUGAACUGGCUAAUGAGAAGGAGCAGGGCUCAAUGAACAGUCAGCAAGAUACAAUCUCCCUGAAUGAAGUGGUAUCUGAGUCGUUUGUACGUUUUUUCGUGGAAGUCGUGGGUCACUAUUCUCUAUUCCUAGUGCCUGGAGAGCAAGAAGAACGGUCUCUUCUCAGAGAUGCUUUUCGAAAAUCUGUGUCUUCCAAAAGCCUACGCAGAUUCCUAGAAGUGUUCAUGGAGACACAGAUGUUUGGUGGAUUCAUUCAAGAGCGAGAAAUGCGAAAGCAGGGCACAAAAGGUCUGUUUGAGGUUCGAGCCCAGGAAUAUCUGGAGACACUUCCAUGUGGAGAACAGAGUGGUGUGAACAAAUUUCUCAACAGAAUAGGUAACAAAAUGCGAUUUCUACAUAAGAAGUAAAAUGAAAAGACUAAGAGAAAAGGACUAAGAGACCUUAUGGGUUUGUAUUAAUUUAUUAACAAGUUGUCUCCACUUGUAAUAACACAUUGUGAAAACUGCGCAGAUGACGAGGGAACCAGAAAGGAAGGAUUUUCUCUCUCUCAAAUCCAUGGAUCUGAUAGAACCCACUGCCCUGACUAUACCGAUAAAGAAGCACUUGUGAGGUUGUGUGCUCCUUUCUUCUGUAUCAUGCACUGGACAUUGGAUAAGCUCAUCAAUAACACAUUGACAGCAGUUUGUAUUUAGGCUAUUUUUUUUUUUUUAUAUUAUUUAUGUUAGGGCUAAAAAUAUAACUAAAUGGUGUUGAAGUUGGACUCUUUAUUUCAUUUUGGAAAAUUCAUGGGAUUGCAAACCACAUAUACAGGAAAAUGAUUUUGUGAAUAUGAUAUUACAGGACUCACCAAACUAAGGAUCAAUGGACAUUGCAACACUUACAUUGCAGGCACCUCUCCAGUAAACAAAAAAAUAUCUGUAUUUUAUGAGAAGAUGUAAACUGUGGAGCAUAGAUGCACAUCUUUGCUGCAUCCACUUCCUCCCUGCCAAUUGCUGUGUAGGACAAGGGAAACCAGGUCUGGAGAUUAAAUAUUUUUGGGAAUGGCAGACGCAAUGUCUGGUAAAUGUCUUUGGAAUUUAAAAAAAAAUCUAUAUAUUAAUACACUCUUAAAUGAAAGAGUACUGAAUAUGGCAACAAACAUCUUACUGUGUAUAUGUACAUAUGUAAUAGUCAAUAGUUACUGCAAGCUGUGAGAACUGGUAAUACUCAAUGUUAUAGUUUUAUAAGCUGAUUAACCCUGGCUCAACACAUUUCUGGUACUGAAAGGGUUAUGGCAUCAACAAUUCUACCAGCAUGGAUAGGCUACAACUAAUAUUCCAUCUUACAUUGUGCUCGGGCUACCCAAGGCCGCCUUUCGCUGUCACACUACCUGAAUUUCACAGGAUGUGUAUAUCACUGCAGUUGAGAUGUCUGAGCCUGUUUUUUAAGUAGGGUACAGAUAGCAAAGUAUAUGUCUGCCCGUUACAAAAAAUCAUCUGCUACUGGAACUUAAGUGGUUGACACGUGGGACCAGCUGACAUGGUGACUCGAGAAUUAUCCUAAAUUAUAAUUGUGGGACAGCAAGGGUUUCUGUUACCCGAUUGCAAUUUAUGGCCACUGGGGGGCACUACUGGUAUAGUUAAAAGGAGCUAAAUAAAAAGUUCUUGUCUAAGUUGUUAAUGGGAAAUUGUCAUCCUACAGCUAUAUUGCACUGCAACUUUCUCAGCUGCUGGCUGGCUGGAGAUUAAAAUGACUUGUAGCGCAAGAGCAGCUUGAGGGUUGCAGAUUUCCUAACCAGAUAUCAAUAGUGUGUGACAGUGCAUGCAAGGGUACCCUGGCUUUAGUUUACUAGAGUGCAUUGGACUAGUCAGCAUACUGAGAUAUCUGUUUAUGGUUAAUAAGGGCCACACUACAUUGAAUGUUGGAGAUCGCUCAGCUGCAUGCCUUACUGCCAUAAUUCGCUGGUGCUAUGGCAUAGCGUCACCAGCAAGUGAGUCUAGUCUAGAUGGGAAAUCAUCACAGAUUAUUUAUACUAAAAAUGCAUGAUUUUAACUAUU